CGAAGAAAGAAUGUUGUUGAGUUUUGGUCUUGAAAAAUUUAAGAGAUUCUAGUUUCCACUCUCUAUCAGGUUGUAGUAGUUUCAUUUGUAGUUGUAGAACAGAAUUUUUCUUUCACAUUUCUUGCUGUUCUUCUUUAGUAUGAUCUAUCAUGGUGAAAUGAGACACAAAAAUAUGAAGUGCUGUUGCCCUGGGGCACGGGUCUGUUAGCGGCGCGCUUCUCUCGCGGUUGAAGGUCACGAGCACGACGCACAACGAGUGUCGCCGCACUGGUUGAUGGGGAAAGUGGAUUUGCGCUUGGUGAUCUUGUGCCACUAGAAAGAAAUUCUGACGAGCAACAAAAAAUCGACCUCGAACAAUCGAAGAUGUUGACUAGUUGGUUCAAUCCGACGCCGUGUACGAUAGAUGUCACGCUGGAUUUAAGGCUACCGCUGGAGCAUCCUCAACACCAUCCUUAGCCCUUUUUUCAAGGGGAAAAAGGGCCGAGGGAGGCUCUCAGGGAUGCACGUCGGUACCUCUAAUGGAUGCAGAGGAGAACCGAAAAACGGCACCGCUUGGUCGAGACAAGAAAGGGGAGAGAGCGUACUUCUACACCUCCUUGCUUGUUACUUAUCGCGGAAUGAGACCCUCUAGUAAGUAUAGGGAAAAAAAGAAAAAAGAAUCUUUGAGUUGAAGGUCUUUCACAGUUGUAGUUCUUAGUCAUGACAAGGAUGAUUGCGGCAGUGUGCACCGUCUUCUAUACUCAACUGUAGAAGUAAGUAGUUUACUGUCGGAUUCCGAGUGAAGGACAUUUAAGAUUCUUACAAAAACAGGUAUAUCUACACCGACGGUGAGGAUGUUUGCGGAACGGCCGUCGUUUCCGUCAGGCCUGGCAAGAAGGUCGAUCAUCAGGGCAUUCGGGUGGAGCUUGUAGGUCAAGUCGAUAUGAUCUAUGACAAGACAAAUAGCUACGACUUCUUCGCCAUUGUGAAGGAUCUAGAACCACCAGGCGGACUCUUCGAGUCUAAGCAGUGGAAGUUCCGGUUUGGGUCAGUAGACAAGCAGUGCGAGACCUACCAAGGGCUCAAUGUGCGAUUACGAUACUUCGUACGACUCGUGGUGGUCAGAAAUUACGCUAGCAACGUGACCAAGGAAGUCGACUUGAUAGUGCAGAACCUUUACACAGUGCCAGACAUCAACAACACGAUCAAAAUGGAAGUCGGGAUUGAGGACUGCCUUCAUAUCGAAUUCGAGUACUUACUAUUUACCCUUUUGCUUUGAGUUGGAUGGUGUUGGAGAAGUUAAGUGAGACCAGCAAAAAACGGGCGGGACGCUGCUGCGACUCAUGGGGUAAGAGGGGGACUCGCAGAGCCGAGGCUCCGCGCGGCGCUCUACGCGUCUAGGCCUACUAACUAAGGGGAUGAUGCUGGCCUGGGUGCGGGGCGAGGAGUGAACUCAAUCAGCGGCCCCUUUUUUAAGAACAGAGGCUGGCAAGUGGUGAAAUGUGUAGUGGAAGCGGUGCGGGAGCAGCAGGAGGGUGGCAAAACUGGCCGGGCGGCGUCGUUUGUAGUUUGCGGGCAGCACUUGCUCCACGGGGCAGCUGACGGGCGGGGGGGAUGUGCUGGGGAGGCCCUUGCGCACUAGCCUACAUCCUGAGGAGGGGCGCCCGUCCAGUGACGCUGCGGCCGCGGGCGUGGGGUCCUUCGGCUGGGCGAUUGAGUAGCACUUGACGACGGGCCGCGGCUGCCUCGGCGCGCUGAUAUUGUUGCAGUUUCUGCGCAGAAGGCAACGAGCACAGCCAGACACAAACCGAAAGGGAGAGACUUGCCCCACAAGCUUCGCAAGAUCGGAGAAACUCACCGAAGACAAGAGCAAGGGGGGGCGGUAGUGUGUCGCUGGAAGCAAGGGCAUUACCCAACUCGAAGCGGGUGCGCCGCCGUGCGUAAGUAGGCAAGUUCGGCGGGUGCCUCCAGAGCAAGCAACCACCUGGAAACCUUGCGAGCAAAGCAGCCAGAGUGAGCCCCCCAAGGAAGCGGGGCGCCACGAUUGCAUAACCGCAAAAAGAAGCACGGAGGGGCGGGCCGCGUCCGGGUGUUAUGGUAGGUUAGGGCUGGCGCUAGCUUGAUAGACUGCCAAGCUAGCUUCACGCGGGGAGGCUCGUGGACUCCGUGGCCACGCCUAAUGGCGAGGGCCUGCAGGCAAUUGCAUUCGCGCAGCUUUCGAGGGCGUAGGGGCGCGACCGACGGACUUCCUUGAAGGCGGGGGCGGCGCUAGCUUUUCGGCCCCACGGUGGGUUGCCACCGAAACGAAGUGGAUGGUUAAGAAGCGGAUGACCUUCCAGGAGCUUCUAGCGAAAGCGCUUAAGCCUGGGGCGGUGUGCGUGUUUCUGCGUGUGGCGUAUCUCCUAUCUGGGUGCGCUGGAUAUUCCCUGCAUUGCUUAGGGGCGCAGGCGCUAGAAGUAGAAUGGAAAAAGGGAGCCAUAGCCAUACAGCAGCAAGCCACGACUUUCUGUUCAUCGCCACGAUUAUCUACCUCUGAGCUGAUCAUAUUAAUCUCUCGAUUUUCUUCAUCCCCUUUACAACUCCUCCCACAUACAGGUAUGACAAGUCGAAGUAUCAUAUGAAAGACGUGGUAGUUGGGAAAGUGUAUUUCCUCCUCGUGAGGAUAAAGAUCAAGCAUAUGGAGCUGAACAUUAUACGAAGGUACUUGUUACCUACUUUGCAAUUUAGUUGUUUUAAACGAAGAACAAUAGGAAUAGAAUAACAAUAAGUAUAAUACAGGAAACCUAUGUAUAUCAAUUUCGAUUUUCAUCAUUCAACAACCUUAAGUACUUAGUUCAAUUUUUUCCGGAAAAGCGCAAGCAUUCAUCAUCCAUCAACGAACUUGUAAACAGAGAAACAACGGGUUCCGGAGCGCAGAAUCAAUCUAGUGAUAACGAGACGCUCACGAAAUUCGAGAUAAUGGACGGCGCACCAGUACGAGGGGAGUGCAUUCCUGUCCGGUUCUAUCUUAGUGGUGUCGAUCUGCAACCGACCUAUAAAAACGUGCAGAACAAGUUCUCAGUCAAAUACUUCCUCAACCUCGUGCUCGUAGACGAAGAGGACAGGAGGUAUUUUCGCUUAUGCAUAGCUUGUCUUUCCUGUUCUUGCAUCAUCCCCAACGACGGAUGCGCAGACGUUCAACAAGGUGAAUUCUACAAAGAAAAUUUAUGCAGGAGUGAGAACAAUCGUCAUAAUGAUCAAACGUCCUAUCUUCUACAAGAACAAGUCCACUCAACAAAAAUGUGACCAGGUAUUUCAAGCAGCAAGAAAUUUUCAUCUGGCGAAAGAAGAUUGGAUGAGCUACAGCUGCUGCCGCGUCAGGAGAGAUGAAGACCCGCAAACGGAAGCCUGUUCGAAGAACCUGUACAGCCCCUUAGGUGCUUAGAAAUGCAAAUAUUGCUCUCUUACUUCUAGUACCUCCCGGAGCAACCCUUUCCCUUUUUGAGUACAUCCUACUCCUUCCGGAUCCCUGGUUAGCACACGACUGGGCUCUCUCGGCUCCUGCCUUGCGGACCUUUCAUCCCCCAAAUCUCUUGGUUGCUAUUACGAGCGACAGCUCACCUACAAUGUUGAUCAACGAUUAGAUGAAGAACCUCAAAGAACUUACCAAGAAUCACAGACUCACUGAUGUAUAAACUUCUCACUAGUAUGUCAAUUGAAUUUCACACUUCUGACUUCUCUGAUACACCCUCUGUAUCUUCAUCUGAUGAGAACUCUAUUAAGAACACAUAGAUUUUGUUUUUGAAGACGUCCUUCGAUUCUUUAGGAAUAGGAUGGAACAUAUUAUCGAUUCUUUAGGAUGGAACAUAACGCAGUCAAUUGAUCACAUUUUUUACCCCAAAGUGGGAACGAUCAAGAAAAAGACUCCGGUUUUCCCUUAUCUGUGCC